CUUGCAAUAUCAACCAUGUCGUUCGUCCAUCUUGUUCUGACCUAUGCUGCAGGUGGCCGGCGGCAUCAUCGGCGCCAUGACUGCCCUCCGUUCACAUGCGGCCAUCUCAGUGACGUGUCGUUCCCGUUCCGCCGGCGAGGUGACCCGCCGGAGUGCGGUGUUCAAUCCUACGAGCUAACUUGUGCAGACGACAAGGCUACAAUUCAGAUCGACAAGGAGACAUACUCUGUAAGUGACAUCAACUAUGGUGAUUCUACCUUGUGGGUCGUCGAUGCCAGCUUCUUGGAUUCACGUAGCAGUUGCCUUCUUCCUCGCUGGAACCCCCUUCUUCGUGAUCCCAGGCUCCAGGCCAAGUCACACCACAUCAUUGAAUUGGCACCUCCAGUAGGGGUUACCUGGGCUAGCUUUGUCAAUUGUUCGCAGGAAAUAAGGAACAGCAGUUGGAUGUACAUGCCCGUCGCUUGCCUGAGCACCAGCAGAUCCUUCGUUUACGUGUUUACUGGCCAACAAUCUGCUUAUAUUCAGAACCUUGAGCCUUCCUGUGGGUACCUGGCCACGACUCCUUUGGGUGGCAGCAAGUUGAACAGCACGUCGGCGCUGCAGAAUGUAAGCUAUCAGGAUGUUGUAAAGCUAAUGAUGACUGGAUUUGCCGUUCGAUUUCCUUUCACAGUUAGUGGGUGGAACUUCAAAGAAUGCCUGGCACUGUCAAUCCGCCAGACAGGUACAGGGAGCAAGGAAAGGAUUGCGAAUAUUGCUAUCAUUGACUUCUAUUUCUGGUCGUGCUUCCUGCUUGGAGAUAGAUCACAUAAUAACCUCAUCUACACGUACAUGGUGGUCGACACAGCCCUACUGAUUUUGAAGUGGACUGCUGUACUGUGCAGAUUCGUAUUGGCCCCAUUAGCAGUAUUCAUCUUCCUUGCCCACAAGUAUUGGAGAAAUAAGAUAACAAUUGAUGCAGUAGAGAAGUUCCUCCAGAUGCAACUAACUCUCGGCCCAACAAGGUAUGCCUACACUGACCUCACUGCAAUUACAGGUCACUUCGGUGAGAAGCUUGGCCAAGGAGGCUACGGCUCGGUAUACAAAGGUGUUCUCCCAGGUUAUGUUAAUGUGGCUGUCAAGGUGCUGGAAAAUGCCAACUGCAACGGUGAAGAGUUCAUCAGUGAGGUCUCCACCAUUGGUAGGAUCCACCACGUCAAUGUAGUUCGUCUUGUUGGUUUUUGUUCAGAGGAACUGAGGAGGGCACUUGUGUACGAGUACAUGCCACGAGGAUCUCUAGACAAGUACAUUUUCUCAUCCAAGAGAAGUUUCUCAUGGGACAAACUCAAUGAGAUAGCUUUGGGUAUUGCUAGGGGGAUCAACUAUCUUCAUCAAGGUUGCGAUAUGCAGAUACUGCACUUUGACAUCAAGCCACACAACAUCCUUCUUGAUGACAACUUUGUUCCAAAGGUUGCUGAUUUCGGCCUCGCCAAACUGUACCCAAGGGACAACAGUUUUGUGCCGCUCAACGCCUUAAGGGGAACAAUAGGUUAUAUUGCUCCUGAAAUGAUAUCUCGGAGCUUUGGCGUUAUAUCAAGCAAAUCCGAUGUCUAUAGCUUUGGAAUGCUGCUGCUGGAGAUGGCUGGAGGAAGAAGGAACUCAGACAUGCAUGCAGGGAACUCAAGUCAGGCCUACUACCCGUCGUGGGUGUAUGACCGGCUAAUAGAGCAACAGGUGGGUGUUGGUGAGAUAUCUGCUGCUACUGUUGCUAACAUGCAUGAGCUUGAGAGGAAGCUGUGCAUAAUCGGGCUACAUUGCAUCCAGAUGAAGUCUCACGAUCGGCCGACGAUGAGCGAGGUCAUAGAGAUGCUUGAAGGUGGCGUUGUUGGCCUGCAGAUGCCUCCAAGACCAUUCUUCUGUGAUGAUGAGUCCAUGUCACCUAUGAUGGAUUCUUACCAAUUCUCCUCUGGGCUAACUGAAAUCUUAGAGGAGGAUGAGUGAACUUAUGCAUGUUUUGAUGCCAAAUCAGCUAGCUAGUAGCUAGCUCUUGUAGGUAGGUGGUAAAAUGCUGAAGCUGGAAAUAUUAACUGUAAACAGUGAUAUAUUUUAUUUUACACUAUUUAUUUAUGAUUUACAACCGAUAAAGGUUGUAUUUUAGAAAGUGCUACUGAAUGGUUGCUGAAAAAAAAUGCUACUUAAUCCA